AUGGUUGCAUAAUUAACACCAACCAUAUUUUUGGGCUAGUAAAUUUAUUGCUACCACUGAUCUCAACUACCACCACACACACCCCUUUGAAUUUAUGCAUCUCUUCAUAACUUGUUGUCUACUCUGUAUUUUCCCACUUCUCUUCUUAUCUUUACUUAAACUCCUAUAAUGUUUUUCAAGCAUUAACACUACAUAUUCAUACAGUUAGCUCAAUUUUAUUGCAUUUUUCAUCGCAUUACAACAUUGUAACAACUGGUACAAUAACCAAAAAAAAUAAAAACGCUUAAAAUGGCGGUAUACACGGUGAAGGUAGAGGAAGCAAGAGCUGCUACAGAGAAGAUGCCAUCAGCAGGGGCAGUUUACCGUUGCAUUUACGCUAAAGAUGGCCUCACUGGCGUCCCAGAUGGUGUCGAGUCUCCUUGGGAUCUCUUUUGCAACUCUGUUGAGAGAAAUCCUAGCAGUCAUAUGUUGGGAUGUCGUAAAAUCAUUGAUGGCAAGGCGGGUUCGUAUGAAUGGCUUACUUACAAAGAAGUGUAUGAUUCAGCGCUUCAAAUUGGGUCAGCUAUUAGAAAAACUGGAGUUAAUCCUGGGGGUCAAUGUGGAAUAUAUGGGUCCAACUGCCCCAAAUGGAUCAUUGCUAUGCAGGCUUGUAAUGGCCAAGCCAUAUCAUAUGUACCAUUGUAUGACACUCUUGGUGCCAAUGCAGUAGAGUUCAUCAUCAACCAUGCUGAAGUUUCCCUAGUUUUUGUUCAAGAAAAAAAGUUACCAGCUAUACUGGCAUGCUUAUCAAAGUGUACUUACCUAAAAACCAUUGUCAGUUUUGACAGUAUCUCUAGCACUCAAAGGAAGGAAGCUGAGGAAGCUGGUGUGUCUUGUUUCUCUUGGGAAGAGUUCUCUCAAUUGGGAACUAUGGAUUAUCAACUUCCUGUGAAACAAAAGACAGAUAUCUGCACCAUCAUGUACACAAGUGGCACGACAGGAGAGCCAAAAGGGGUCAUUUUAACUAAUGCAGCUUUUACGGCAGAGGUCUUUGCAAUAGAAUACAUGUUUUCUGAAACAGACAAAUCGGCAAACGCAGAAGAUGUAUACUUCUCAUUUCUUCCAUUGGCGCACAUCUUUGACCAGAUAGUGGAAACAUAUUUCAUUGCUAGAGGCACCUCAAUAGGUUUCUGGCAGGGAGAUGUGAAAUAUCUGAUUGAGGAUCUUCAGGAAUUGAAGCCUACUAUGUUCUGUGGGGUUCCCAGGGUUUAUGACCGUAUAUAUACUGGUAUUGUGGAUAAAAUUUCAUCAAGUGGUUCUCUCAAGAAGGGAUUGUUUGACUACGCCUAUAAUUAUAAACUGCGGAAUUUGGAGAAAGGGUUACGCUCUGAUGAAGCUGCACCUCUAUUGGACAAGUUUGUUUUUAAUAAAAUCAAACAAAGCUUUGGCGGACGAGUGCGUCUUAUGUUUUCCGGAGGAGCGCCCUUGGCAAUGCAUGUUGAAGAAUUUUUCAGGGUUACUUGCAGCAGUGUGGUGGUUCAAGGGUAUGGUCUUACGGAAAGCUGUGCUGGAUGUUUCACAUCAAUAGCCAAUGUGCACUCGAUGAUGGGAACUGUGGGAAUCCCCACGACCAGCAUAGAAGCUAGACUGGAAUCUGUUCCAGAGAUGGGAUAUGAUGCGCUUUCAAGCACUCCACGUGGCGAAAUUUGUUUGAGGGGAAAUACGUUGUUCUCUGGUUAUCACAAGAGACCAGAUCUAAGUCAAGAAGUUCUUAUAGAUGGUUGGUUCCAUACAGGUGACAUUGGCGAAUGGCAGCCUGAUGGAUCUAUGAAAGUCAUUGACAGGAAGAAAAACAUAUUUAAGUUGUCCCAAGGGGAAUAUGUAGCGGUGGAGAACCUUGAGAAUAUAUAUUCACAGUGCAACUUGAUAACAUCUAUUUGGGUUUACGGAAACAGUUUCGAAUCAUUUCUUGUGGCUGUUGUUGUUCCUGAGAGAAAGGCACUCGAAGAUUGGGCAGCUAAUAAUCACGAAAGCGGGGACUUCAAAACACUCUGCAAAAGUGCCAAAGCUAGGAAAUACUUCCUAGAAGAGCUUAACAACACUGCUCAAAAACAUGAACUUCGAGGUUUCGAGAAGUUAAGAGCAGUUUUCCUCGAACCCAUUCCUUUUGACAUUGAGAGGGAUUUGAUGACUCCAACCUUCAAAUUGAAGAGGCCUCAGUUACUCAAAUGCUACGAGGAAGUAAUCAAUGAGAUGUAUAGUGAAGCAAAGGGAGUAAAGGCAUGAAACGAGGCCGUCUGAAGUUUGCAAUGGAAUUUGAUGUAAUACUUCCUUAGAAGUCAGGACCAAAUAAUGGUUAUACUUCAAGUUUCUAAGUGCCAUGAUUGUGUUCUUACUCUCUCGCUUCUGGCCUCUGUAUGUAACAUAAACAAGCUUUUAAUGUAUGAUCUUCAAUACAAGCUGGUAUAGGCUACAAGCCUACAACUACAAUUUCAAUAGAAAUAUAUUUGGUCUUAUGAA